GUCAGUGUGCAACGUCGCGAGUGCUGUCUGCUAAAUAGUUUUUGCUUUGUACGUUUUUAUUUUUAUAAAUAACCGACUUAAAUGAUGUGAUAAGCAAUAUUUAUACGUGCAGUGACAAGAAUUGUGAUAUACCUAUGAAAUAGCCAUGAAAAUAUACAGUGUUUUUGUCUACAACUACUAUGUGAUUCCGUGCAAUAACUCGUCACUUUGGUUGUUUGUCAAUGACGUCUGCGUUUAGCGCAACGAAAAGUAGAAUUAAAGUUCGAUUGUGACAAGUAGUGAAAACAUAAGUUAAUCACAGUGAGAUAACCGAUGCUUGUUUAUAAAAUGGAUCAGUGUUUUAUGCUGUGGAACAAUCUUAACACAACUGGGGCCAUCAGAGGUGGCUCAUGAAGAAAGGGCCACACAAAAUGAUGCUGGAGUCGAGUCGGUACGACAAGUGGGAUCGGGGUGGGGGCGGCGGCGGCGCGGGCGCGGGCGCGGCGUGGCCGGGCCGCGAGCGCGAGCCGCGCGACGCCCGUGACGCCCGUGACACGCGUGACGCCCGUGACACGCGUGACGCUCGUGACACGCGCGACCGCGAGCGCGACCGAGAGCGCGAGCGGCAGGCGCGCGCGCACCAGAUGUCGCACGCGCACGCCGCCGAACCGACCGACUCCUCAUCGCUCUUCCCGGCACCUUUUAGAGUGACGGGCAACAGGGACCGCGUCAGCCAGCAGAUCCAGAUCAAGCUCGGCGACUACCACCUCGCGCAGACACUGCUCGACGACCCCAGCAAGUCGAUAGGCAUAUGCGCGGAGCCCGCCAGCCCGGCGCCAUGUCACCCUUCGAGGCGGGAAAGCGAGUUCAAGAAGCCUGCGCACGCGCCGCAAAAUGGUCGGAUACACCAUCGACCGUACCCUUACAACAAGAGCGAAGGUCCCAGCUCGACGGGGCCGACGGCGCACAGACCACCGCCUCUACGGAUACCAAACGGUUUUCCAGCACAGAACGCCAUCGACAGCAGUCAACCGCCUAUAGAAAGUAUUUUAAAGGAGAUGAAGUCAUUGCCCACCCCGCUGUCUGUGAUCGCCGCGACACCAAGGAAGGAGGCUGAGAACAAAUUCAUAUUUAACCCCUAUACGAAUAAGGUGCAAGAGAACCCUCAGUUGACAAACAACGAUCUCAAAACUCCUGUCGCGAAACCCGGUAAGUUUAUUUUUUUUUUGGAAUUCGCAUAUAAAUAA